AGCAUCACUGUCAAGCGGGAGGAAGGAGCCGGCAGGGACGGAACAGCCCGGGGCAGAGCAGGCGGAGAAGUGGCCGCUUCCAGGCAAUAGUCGCGGCGCGGGCUGUUUCAGCGUUCGAAGGGGAAGCGAAUUGGCCAAUGAGAAGCGGCGCAGCCACUGCCCGGGCCCCAAGCCUCCGCAGAAGCUCUUGCCGCCGCCAGGCUCCUUCUUUUCCAGUGGCCACCGCGAGGGGCGGCAGGGAGCGCCGCAGCGCCGCCUAGACCCCAGCGCCGGACUCCUCCCCCCGCCGCCGGCUGCCAGUGCAUCGUCGUGUCCUGUGGAGGCGGAGAGCCGGGGCUGGAGGCUCCUCAGUGUGCGGCGAGACGAGUGCAGCACGGGUAGGGCUCCCGCUGCUGCCGCCGCUCCCACCCCCAGGUGCCCCGGGAAGGCCGGGAUCGCGCCCCUUCCAUCCAGCCGCUGGAGCUGGCUGCUGUUCCGCCCCCCCAGCCUCUCGCCGGGGCGAGCUGAGCGGCGGGCAGCCGGGAAGCGGCUCAGGCAGCACCGUGCUGGCUCGGAGGAGCAGGAGCUGCCCCGGGCGUCCCGCACCGGCUGCUGGCGGGAGGAUCUGGAGCCAGAGGAGACCGGCGAGGGGGAACUCGGCUCCCCGCCGGAGGAGCUGCGCGGCAGGGGCGGCGGACCCUGAAGGGGCAGGGCACCCCUGUACCCAGGCCGGGCGCUGAGCCCCUCGCACCCCCAGCCCAGUGGCUCUGAUCCCCGCUCCGCAGAGCUCUCCUUCGCCGGUGCCAGGCGGAUGCCGCCGCAGCAGGAGGGGGAGGCGGGCUACAUCAGCAAGCCGCUGGCUGGCGGCUGCGAGGUGCCCCCGGUCCCCCCGCGCAGGGUCCGCAGCAGCCGGGCGGCGGCGCUGGGAGCGGCCCUAGGCAGCAGAUGCCGGACCGGGGCGGGAGCCGAGCCGCGCCGCAGCCUCAAGUGUGUCCUGGUGGGGGACGGGGCUGUGGGCAAGACCAGCCUGGUGGUGAGUUACACCACGAAUGGGUACCCCACGGAGUACAUCCCCACCGCCUUCGACAACUUCUCCGCUGUUGUGUCUGUUGAUGGCAGACCCGUGAGACUUCAGCUCUGUGACACGGCUGGUCAGGAUGAAUUUGACAAGCUUAGACCGCUGUGCUACACCAACACAGACAUCUUCUUGCUGUGCUUCAGUGUUGUGAGCCCUUCGUCCUUCCAGAACGUGAGUGAAAAGUGGGUUCCUGAAAUCCGAUGCCACUGCCCCAAAGCUCCUAUUAUUCUGGUUGGGACACAGUCAGACCUCCGAGAGGAUGUCAAAGUUCUCAUUGAGCUGGACAAAUGCAAAGAAAAGCCUGUUGCAGAAGAGGCCGCAAAGCUCUGUGCUGAGGAAAUAAAAGCAGCAUCUUACAUUGAGUGCUCAGCUUUGACUCAGAAAAAUCUCAAAGAGGUCUUUGACGCGGCCAUUGUCGCUGGCAUUCAGUACUCAGAUACCCAGCACCAACCAAAGAAAUCCAAGUGCAGGACUCCAGACAAAAUGAAAAAUCUCUCCAAAUCUUGGUGGAAAAAGUACUGUUGUUUUGUAUAGUAUUUGCGAGGACCUAAAUGUUGCUCUAGUGAAAUCAAAUAGAAGCUAUAUUAGCUUAAAUCUCACUCUGUAUUCUCCAGGUAUGUAGCAUAGAUCCAUAAGUGUGUUUAUGUUGCUAUUAGAAAUCUCAAUUUCCCCUUCUCUUUUGAGGGAGAUGGAAGAAUACAUAGGUAGGUAGUUCCUGUUAAAUCAGGUUAAGGAGUUUCAGCAUUCACCUGUCUGAUGUCAGAGUUUCCGGACUAGUCUUGCGUCAAGGAACACAUUUGUGAAGUUAGAAAUUGUACAAAGGGUUUGACUUUCUGUAUCUUGUAUUUGACAAGCUUAGACCGCUGUGCUAUACAAUGUAUAUAAAAGAGGGAGGAACAAAACUGAGGCCUUUGUGGAUAGGGCUAUUUAGAAGAAACACAGGACUAUGGAAAUAGAGAGCUCUAUAUAGAUGGACAAUUUUUAAAAACUAACACUGUGCCUCCAAAAUGACAUUUUAGCUUUAAAAACUUACUCCCUCUUUCCCCCCAUCUCCUUCCCUCAACCACUUCGGGGGGGUGGGGGUGGGGUGGACUUUAACAAUGUGAAACAAGAGGUGGAGUCUUCCCCCAAAUGCUGCUGCUUGAAAGGUCAUGCAUAUACCUCCAACACAUUGUUAGACUGCCUAACAUGUUAAGUAACUGAUGUAAUUACAUCUUAUUUGUAGCCUCCUGACUUGGAAAUCCUUUCUUCUCCUCUCUCUCUCUCUCUUUUACAUGCAGUAAUGUGCACGCCCUAUGAACAUUACAAAGUCCUACUUUGUUACAUUUUGAAUAGUCGUGGGUGCCUUUGUAUUUAUACAGACACCAUGACAGUUCAUUUAGAUCAACUGAUGAAAGAAUGUAAAUGCUGUUUUUUAAAAGGGAUGCAACAAAUGUCCAUAUAACACCACACAAAAUGUCUGUUUUAAGUCUACAAAUAUGAACUUCAGAAUGUUCCUCGCUGAGAGAUUUUCAUGCUGCCAGUUAAAUGAAAGGCCUAUAAAAAAGGCAGAUUACGUGCCAUAACCAAACACCAGAAAAGUGAUACUGCUGUGACCUGUUUCUGAUGCUGUUUUGAACAAAGUUCUUAUUUGUUUCCAAAGGAAGCAGUUGUUGGUCGGUUAAACUUGUUUUAGAUUAUAGUUGCAAAAUUGUGUUGAAACAAGCAGUGAAAUUUAACUGAUUCUUUCACAGAUACCUUCAACAAAUUAAAGUGAAGUGUGUUUAAAAUGUCAUUUAGUGGUUUGCCUAUUGCAGCAUCAAAUAUGACACAAUUCCUGGUCUAACAAAACCUACUGAAUUCCAGUCUGCUUUGUUUGAGGGUAUCAGUGGGUUAAUUUGACUAUUUGCAAGAUGUGGUUAACUCCAAGGCCGGUGUCUGCACAGUGAGUGAAAAGCCUUAGUUUAUAUUGUCUCUUUUUUAUGGCCCCAGCUUGCUUUGUUCUAUAUACUCCAAGCUCAGUUAUGUUCUGGCUUUAUUUUUUCUUUGGCAGCAGCCUUAAAGCGAGCCUUUGUUCAGAGUCUUCAAUUCAACUGGAAUUUUAACUGUUCACAAUUUUUUUCUCAUCAUAACAAAAUGGAUAUCUGAUUAUAAGAAAAUUAUGGAAACCAUUUGAAUUGAUAAAGUUGGCCACAAUUUACCUCCUGGCCUACUUAAAGAAAAUGACAUUAUGUAAAUGCAUUCUGGGAUAUAUUGGCUUAAGUGCCAUAAGCAAAAUUUCCCUCUGUUAAAGCAAAAUAAAUGCAUAACAUUCCAUAGCUGAACUUAAAAAAUGCAAUAGAAACAUUUUACUGAAGUCCAUGAGAUCUAUUCAACAAAAAUAUGUUGGCUUCUGCAUUGGGGCAGCCUGGAAAAUCAGUUUCUAUAACUCAAAAUUGGGAGGAUGUAUUUUAACUUAGUUGCAUGUGGUCCAUAAUGUUUAAUGGUUGUGAAAUUAACAGCUGAGUCUUGAUAUUCCUCAGUGUAAUGCUCUGACAUGAUUUCAAAUAUAUGGAGUCAUACUGACCAUUUGAAGAUGAUGAAGCUAGAUUUUUCUUGUGUAUUUUGCUUCUCUGUAAAAUGGACACAAUUGAUUUAAAAUGUGGAUUUUGGAAGAGGAGGUGAAAGUGAACAGCACCCAUUGCAAAAAUAACUGAAUUUGUUCCAUAAGAUUUUGAUGCUCUGUAUUGUACCAUACCAGAAGCAGACAGUUAUAUUUUUAUAAGUAGCCUGUUUCAUAGCGUCUGGAGUAGCAUAACCUUUAAAUGUAGCCAGCUGUGACUGUUUCUGAAAAUGUGAUGUAUAUAAGACUUGUUAUAGCCCUUUACUAGGUAUAUGUGUAAUAAAGUCUAAUAAUUUCAUGGAUACUGCUAUACAUGGGGCUACACAAGGUCUAGAUUUAGAAAUGUUACUUUUAAAAUCAGCAGUAUUUUACAAGUGCAAGAGAGGGAAGAUAUCUCCAUGUAGUCUAUAAUCUCAUGUGCCUUAUGAAAUUCUCUUCUGUUUUCUAAGUGUAGGCUAUACGGCAAAAAAUGUUUCAUGUGAGAAUGAUAUAAAUGAGGUAUUUGAAAAUAAAUUCUGAUCAGUGUAAUUGUC